AUGACCAGCAAUAACGAUUAUAAAAUUCAAGUCGAUAAACUUGAGGGUCCUGAAGACUGGGCAAAAUGGAAAUGGCACGUUUCGAUGUUAUUACGAGCGUAUGCACUUGAAGACAUUGUGAACGGUACGUGUAAGUGUCCCGAGGUUGCUGGAAAUUCAACUUCAUUGGAAGUAGAGAAGCAUCAACAAUGGUUAAAAGACGAUGCAAAAGCGGCAAGUUUGUUAGCAGGUACGCUAGGAAAAACUGUUUCCGAGCUGGUGUUGACAUGUACUCAUGCUAGUGAAAUAUGGGACAAAUUACGUGCGCGAUUUGAACGUAGCAGUACGCAACGGUUAAACAUGUUAAUUGAAGCCUUUUUUAGAGUCCAGCGUGAUGAAAAAGAAGAUAUUAGCACACAUGUUGCGAAGUUACAGAAACUGUUUGUAGAUUUGAAUGAUGAAUUGCUGAAGCAUGAUGAAAAUGUUUUAUCCGAAAGAAUCAGUAAAUUUGAUGACAAGGCGAUACAUGGUUAUUUAGUUGGUUACGUGAAUGACAGGGAUGGUUUUAGAAUAUGGAUUCCAUCUGAAAGAAGAAUCGUAUCGAGCCACGACGUACGAUUUAAACCUGAGGUUACAUGUAAUUUGCGAAUUUUUGAAGUUAAAGCCGAAUCAGUGAACCAGAAUCAGUCGGAAUGUUUUGGUGUACAUGAAAACUCCGAAGAAGUGAAAACUGGUAUAAAUGAAAUUGUGCAAUCUGAGAAUAUGGAAAGUGCAGAAAGUGCAAGUGAAAAUCAAGAAGUGAAUAGAGAAGAAAGAAGCGAUGAUGGUGUUUAA